AUGCGGCGGGCGCGGCCCGCGCUGCCGCUGCUGCUGCUGCUGCUCGCGGGGCCUCUGCCCGGCGGGGCGGCCCCCACCGAGCCUGUGGACGAGUGCCAGCAGCAGCUGCCGGUGGCCCGGAGCGUGGUGUCCUGGAUCGUGGGGGGCCACGAGGCCCCGGAGGGCGCGUGGCCGUGGGUGGUGAGCCUGCAGGUGCUGCGCGGCGGCGUGCGCUUCAUGCACCUGUGCGGCGGCGUGCUGCUGAGCCGGAGAGCCGUGCUGACCGCCGGCCACUGCGUGGAUGGCAGGACGGAUCCGUGUUCCUGGCGAGCCGUCCUGGGCGUGCACAACCUUCAGAAGCACAGCUCCCACACGGCAAGGAGGAGGAUCAGGAGGAUCAUGGUGCACUCGGAGUUCAAGAGGGAAACCUUUGAGAACGACGUGGCGGUGUUCGAGCUGAGGUCGGCCGUGCGCUACAGCCUCUACAUCCAGCCCGUGUGCCUGCCCCCGGCUGCCCUGGUGCAGCCCUUGGAGAACAGCUCCGACUGCUACAUCAGCGGCUGGGGACGCACGACCGAGAAGGGUAAAAUCUCACCUGUGCUAAAAGAAGCCCAUGUGGGAAUCCUCCCUCCCAGCCUGUGCAACAGCUCUGAAGGCUACGCAGGGCUCGUGAGCAACAAAGCACUCUGUGCUGGCUCCUGGGCUGGAGGCACCGACACCUGCCAGGGCGACAGCGGGGGCCCCUUGAUGUGUUACCACCCUGACACCAACAAGUACUACCUCAUUGGCAUCGCCAGCUUUGGGGUGGGCUGCGGCCGCCCCAGGUACCCCGGCAUCUACGUGCGCCUGUCUCAGUACGGAAAAUGGAUAAAAGCAAAACUUCAGCUGACUAACAAGACUUGGAACCCCGUGAGCACCACACUCACCAUCCUCCUGACUCUGGUACACACAGUGCUCACACGGAUUUUGUAGAGGGUCCUCACCAGCUCCCUCCUGACUGACAAUAAAUCCAAGAGCCAAAGGAUGUGCACUUACUUUUUAGGA